AAAAAAGAGUUGAGCGGCCGCGCGGGCGCCAGGCUCCGUGGGCCGGCCGCAGCCCCACGGGUCGCCCUCCCUUGCCUCGCCAGCGGGCACCCUGGCCGUGGGCACCUGCCGGACGCGCGGCGCGGGGCCGCUGGGCCGCGGCGGCAUGAAGGUCACGUCGCUCGACGGGCGCCAGCUGCGCAAGAUGCUCCGCAAGGAGGCGGCGGCGCGCUGCGUGGUGCUCGACUGCCGGCCCUACCUGGCCUUCGCCGCCUCGAGCGUGCGCGGCUCGCUCAACGUCAACCUCAACUCGGUGGUGCUGCGGCGGGCCCGCGGCGGCGCGGUGUCGGCGCGCUACGUGCUGCCCGACGAGGCGGCGCGCGCGCGGCUGCUGCAGGAGGGCGGCGGCGGCGUGGCGGCCGUGGUUGUGCUCGAUCAAGGCAGCCGCCACUGGCAGAAGCUGCGCGAGGACAGCCCCGCGCGCGUCGUGCUCACCUCGCUGCUCGCCUGCCUGCCUGCGGGCCCGCGGGUCUACUUCCUCAAAGGCGGGUAUGAGACCUUCUGUGCAGAAUAUCCUGAAUGUUGUGUGGAUGUAAAACCUGUUUCACAAGAGAAGAUGGAAACUGAGAGAGCCCUCAUUAGCCAGUGUGGGAAGCCAGUGCUGAACAUCAGCUACAGGCCGGAGUAUGAUCAGGGUGGCCCAGUUGAAAUUCUUCCCUUCCUCUACCUUGGAAGUGCCUACCAUGCAUCCAAGUGCGAGUUCCUUGCCAAUCUGCACAUCACGGCCCUGCUGAAUGUCUCACGGCGGACCUCCGAGGCCUGCACGACCCACCUACACUACAAGUGGAUCCCCGUGGAGGACAGCCACACGGCCGACAUCAGCUCCCACUUUCAAGAAGCAGUGGACUUCAUUGACUGCAUCAGGGAAAAGGGAGGCAAGGUCUUGGUCCACUGUGAAGCUGGGAUCUCCCGCUCACCCACCAUCUGCAUGGCUUACCUCAUGAAGACCAACCAGUUCCGCCUGAAGGAGGCCUUUGAGUAUAUCAAGCAGAGGAGGAGUGUGAUCUCGCCCAACUUUGGCUUCAUGGGCCAGCUCCUACAGUAUGAAUCGGAGAUCCUGCCCUCCACGCCCAACCCCCAGGCUCCCUCCUGCAAAGGGGAGGCAGCAGGCUCUUCAUUUCUAGACCAUUUGCAGACACUGAGCCCUGACGUGCAGGGUUCCUUCUGCACAUUCCCUACCUCAGUGCUGGCACCAGUACCCACCCACUCAGCAGUCCCAGAGCUCAACAGGAGCCCUGUGGCCACAGCCACAUCCUGCUAAAAACCGGGAUGGGGACACCAGCCCAGCCCCAAGAGCAACUGUGAUUCUGUUUUUUAAACUCAUGGACAUUUCAUACCUGUGCAAUACUGAAGACCUCACUCGCUCUAUCACGCUAUGCCAGUGGGAUAGUGAGUGGUCACCAGGCUUGCAAAUGAACUUCAGACUGACCUCGGGGACAGGUGCUCGGGGCCGAAGGAAGGCCAAGCCAUUAUGAGAGCACAGCAUGUGCUGACUACUGUACUUCCAGACACCCCCACCUCUCCCCACCUGCCCUCUCAGGACUGCUCAAAGUUUGCCUUUUCAUUUCAAGCGCAAGGCAAUAAAUACCUGCAGCAACGUGGGAGAAUGCAGUUGCUGGGCCAGGAGAAAAGGCGAUUACAAAGCCAAUUCAUUUUGAAGGAAGCACAAUUUCCACCUUAUAUUUGAAACUUUGGCAGUCUCAGUGGCUGCCUCUCUUGCUUCAGGGCAUAAGCUGAUCACCAUCUAGUCAGGAAAGCAACCUUACUGGGUUUGUUAGGGACAUGAUAUGUAGGUUGGUUUGAACCCUGAAGUGGUUUUGAGAUUCCCUCUUGGGUCCAAUGGAGGCAGUUGGUUGAAGUAGCAAGAUUAUUUUUUCACUGGGGGUUCUUCCCUGACUUUGGACUUUGGCAUGAUUCUUAACUCAUACUUGAACCUUUCUCGUUGCAACUCUUGUGUCAUUUGAAAACAGUACACCAGAACACACCAAAAAUCACCCCUUGGAGGUGGUGGCCACAAAGGGCACCCAUAGUGUAGCCUGGGUCAGUGACAUUGAAAAACAGCCAUCCCCACUUGCUGUCCUUACAUGUGGCUGUGUUUUGUCUCUUGUGACCCUUUUUUUCUUCCUUUCCCCCUGGCGGUCGUCUUCAAGCUACUGACUUCUAGGUUUGCAGAUUUUGCAAUGUGGUACUACUUUUUCAUCUGUAGGUUAUUUUCUCCAGAGGAAAAGAAAAUAAUUUCCCAAAACCCAUGUGAAUGUGAAGAAAAGUGGUAUGUUACUAGUUGUUUUUUAUAGAGCAAAAUAAAAAUAAUAAAAAGAAAAAAACACUUCUUCUUUGUCCUUGGUGAAUGGAGGUAAGAUAGGAACACCUCAAGGCAGUGGCCCAGCCAGCUUCACUGGAUUUUAUU